AGUAUCAGCUGAUUUUGACAUUAGAUACUUCAGUUAUUCUAUUACUUAGUGAACGUACCUAUCCAGAGAAACCUGUAUAAGUGUGUUUACAAUUUUUUAAUUAAUUUACAAAUAAGCUUGGAAAAUGAUACGUCUUAGACAAUUGACUCGAAUUUCUAUAAAUAAAUAUGUUUCUACAGAGCGUAAUAUUUUAGUGUGCAACAAAGCUGCUACCUUUAAUGAUGGCUGGAAGGUAUGGAGACAGAACUUUAAGGAAUGCAGUACAUCUGGAACAAAUGUGGUUAAUAAUAACCAUGAAAGAUCUGAUAACAAUAUAUUGAAGCGGGUUUUACAUAAAGUGGGCUUCGCACCGAAUACAAAAACGCGCUUAAGGGUGGCCAGUCACAUGUUGUACGAAAGUGUAGCUGAUAAAAUAAACUAUUUAAGUUUUUUUAAAGCUUUUGAUAUGCCUAACACAUUCAAUUCAUGGUUUCUGGUUACUGAAUUACAUGUAUGGAUGCUACUUGUGCGAGCUAUGGCUGAAGGUUCGGAAUCUGGAGAAAAUGGUCGUUUUAUUCGAAACUGUAUCGUAGAAGUUAUGUGGGGCGAUGUAAAUACUCGUGCUAAGAAACUAGGCGCACAUAACCCAUCUAAAACUCGACAACAAAUAGAAAUACUUUCGGAACAAUUUCAGGCAGCAUUAAUUGCUUACGACGAAGGUAUUAUGUCAGAUGAUCGAGUAUUAUCUGGCGCUUUAUGGCGGCGGUUCUUUGCCAUGAACUGUGAUGACGUCGUAAAGAUUGAACGUCUAGUGAAGUAUGUGAGAGAACAAAUUGUUUCCCUGGACCAGCUAUCACCUGAUGACUUUCUACAAAAACCAAAAAUAUCGUGGAUAGAUCUGGAUAAAGUAUCUGUUUAGCUGCCAAAAUUAUUAGAUUAUUCAUUGCUGAUACACAGUUUGGUACAGUGUGUUAUGAUUUUAUUGUAAUUCUUUAACAUAUCUAUAUGAAUUUGAGAAUAUAUGCAAGAAAAUUAAUUAUA